CUUGAAUAAAUCCCACAGUUAGUGGUAAUCCUCUAAGUGAACUUCGAUGGGCUAUAUAUAACCUAUAAACAUAGUUAAGUACAAGGAUCUUAACAUUAACCUGAAAAUGGUGUCUCUAAAUCUUUCUUUCGCCUUAGUAUUUAUCUUGGCAAUCUUAUUCACAUUUGCUGAAGCCAACUACAGCAGAAAACUCCUGCAAACUCCCACUAACUACCAGCCAGCAUAUUCUCCUCCAUCUCCUACUCCGGUUUAUUCUCCCCCAGUUAAUCCUCCUCCUCCUACUCCGGUUACUUAUCCUCCUCCUACUCCGGCUUAUCCCCCUCCUGUUGCUCUUCCUCCUCCAGCUCCAAUAAAUUCUCCUCCUCCUCCCGCUCCGAUCAUUCCACCUUUGAAAGCUAAUCCUUCUCCUCAAGCUUACAGAGCCUUUUACUACAGAAAGUCUCCUCCUCCUCCCUCCGGCAAACCUUGGUGGUGGUUGUUAUGAGGCGUUAAAAAGUGGCUCAGGAAAGUACACUUGCAAUGUUCUAAAACAUUAAGAGUGCACCACUGUUGUCUUAUAACAUGGUUUUGAUGUUUGUAGUGAGGUAUUUUGUAUUUUAUUAUUUGGAAUGUCAAAUUUAUUCAUCAGCAAAAAUAUAAAUGUUUUGCGAGCUAUUUGUA